CUCCUGCGUCUAGAAGAAUCUCUGGAAUUAUCUGUUAUUCCGACUCUUUCCAUCUACCACCAGACAAACCCAGAUAAGACAUCUCUAUCAACGAUGGGGAUACUCUCUAGGGCGGCGAUCGCCCUUGGCUGGGCAUCAUUGGUUGUGGUGGCCCAAGUAACCUCUGAUGAAAUGGGCCCGGCAGCCUUUAUGUGGCCGCCCGACAGAGAAUGGACCGCUGCGAAGGACAACACUGCUCCCUGCGGUUCUCCAGACGGUGUGGGCAACAGAACCGAGUUCCCUCUCACAAAUGGAAUGAUAGCCUUGGUCGACCAAGAUGAGGGUUAUAACAUUCAAGUCAGCGUGUCGUACUCCAACGAACCGACAAGCAACGCCGACUUCACCGUCCUAAUCCCAUCUAAUAACUUCAAGGAGCUACUGCGGGGCCACACCUGCUUACCCGUGGCCGACGCUCCUCGCAGCCUGGUCGCCGGGUCAAACGCGACGCUGCAGAUCAUCUACACGGCCGACUUCGACAAGCCGGAGAACCAGACCUUCUACGCGUGCGCCGACAUCACCUACGUCCUCGCGUCGGACUUCACCACCGCGAUCCCCUGCUUCAACGCGACCCAGCCCUCGACCGACAACCCGCCCAGCGGCGGGUCCGGCACCUCGGGCGGCGGCGCGUCGGAGACGUCGAGCCCCACGGCGGGGCCCAAGUCCGGGUCCUCCAAGAAGGGCGGGCUCUCCGGGGGCGCGAUCGCGGGCGUCGUGGUGGGCUCGGUGGUCGGCGCGGCGAUCCUGGCCGGCGCGGCGCUGUGGCUCCACCGGAAGAGGCAACAGCAGAAGCGCAUCGACGCCAUGACCAGGUCGUCGCGCAACGUCGCCUGGGGCGAUCAGGGGGCGCACAUUAAGGGCAAGGACUCGACGUCGCAGAAUAGCGUGGGGCUGCAGAACUUGUGAUUUUAUUGUGGAGGUACCUGACGCGUAAAUGAUAUCCUUUUUCUUUUUCUUUUGGAGCUGAAUUAUGGGGUGUCGCUCAUUUAGAAUGACUUGCGAUGAUGGCUGGGGGUGGGAGGUUGAUCUACAUGGUUAGAGGACAGGAUUUCCAGGAGGACGCCCUUCUGAAUGUACUCUCGAUAUCUUAGUGGUAUGGUGGCCCAGAAGCCCACGUGGUGUCGAGUCGACGACGAAAGCAUGAGAAUUUCCCUCCUCACUGUCCUUACCCGGAACACAUC